AUGGAUUUCGACGAAAAUUUAGAAACUUCAUAUGUUCAUCGUGUGGACACUGAAUUUGAGUUCAAAUUGGGAAUGACUUUUGCUGAUGAAGAAGAUGCCUACAAAGCAUAUAAUGCAUAUGCAUUUACCAAAGGGUUCGGAAUACGAAAAGUGUUCGACACCACGUAUCGUACAAACAAGUACAACAUGGUAUGUGCGCCUUUUGUGGGGGUCAAUAACCAUUGGAGAAAUGUCUUAUUUGGUUGUGCUUUCAUGUUAGAUGAGACAAUAGCCUCAUUUAUUUGGGUGUUCGAGACGUUUAUGGAGGCAAUGGGGAACAAAGCACCUAAAACAAUAUUUACUGAUCAAGAUAGUGCAAUGGCCAAUGCUAUUGGCAAGGUUUUUCCGAACAGCAUCCAUCGGUUAUGUGUUUGGCAUAUCUCUAAAAAUGCCACUCAACAUAUUUCAUAUCUGCUUUCAGAUUCUCAAUUUAAGGCGAAGUUCAAUAAAAUGUUGUAUGAAGUUGAAAUGGAGAAUGAAAUGGAGCAGCUUUGGAGAGAUCUAUGUGAAGGAUGGAAUGUUACUGAGAAUAAGUGGUUGAGUAAUCUGUACUUGAUACGUCAUAAAUGGUGCCCCGCAUUCAACCGUGAUAAAUUUUCGGCCGGUAUAAGAUCUACGCAGAGGAGUGAAAGCACAAAUAAUGUUUUUAAACAUUUGUCUUGUAAGACAAUGACAUUAACUGAGUUUGUUAGUCACUAUGAGAAGCAAGCAGAAAAGAUGCGUGAGAAUCAAGCUGUCGAUGAUUUCGAAUGUGCUCGAGGGGUGCCAAGAAUUGGUGUGGAUUGUGAUAUUUUGAGGCAAGCGGCACAAGUGUAUACUAUUAAGAUAUUCAAGAAAUUUCAAGCCGAAUAUUUUAAAGGUUUAUCAUGGCAUGUGACAGGUUCAAAGCAUGAAGGUGGAAUUUACACAUACACCUUGAGGAGGGAAGUUGGUCAUUUGGAGCAUUAUAUAUUGAAGAGGUGGACGAAAAGUGCAAGACUAAAAGUGCAAAAUGAUGACAGUGGUUCAUGCUCCUUAGAUUUGACGUCGACAAGAACUUAUCACCUAAAGGAGUUGAUGCGCCAAUCUUUUAAUGUCAUGAGCUUAAGUGUUCAUGACGUUGAAACCGUCAAAAUUGCAAAAAAGAGACUUCAAGAGCUUGAUGUUGAGAUCAGGAAUUAUGUCUCAUCAAGUGAUAACAACACCAUGAGAACUGAGGAUAAUGAUGUUCCUCAAGUUAGUCCAACACAGAUUCUUGACCCUCUUAAGAAAAAGUCGAAGGGAAUGACAAAUUCUAGAAUGAAGAGCGCCAUAGAGAAGCGAAAGAAGGGCAAAUCAUUGAAAGGUAAAGGACCUUUGCAACAAUUUCAUGGUGUAAAUCCUACAAACCAUCCACCAGUGUGGAAUAGGAAUUUUACCAUGAAUCCAAGCCACCAAUAUACGGGUACACCAUUUUAUAUGACCUCAAUUCAACCUGGUUAUGCCCAACCUAUCUCCUUUACUUCAUUAAUGACUCAGGACUAUCAAAGUGUGGCAAGUGUACCUGAAAAUACGUUUCCGAGUGAUUGGCCGCCAUGA